AACGCGGGUCCCAAUCUUCUGGCAACAUGGGAGAUCAACAUGAACCGGUGGACCCAGUCUUGGCCCCCCGUUCGAACCCUGAACGAACACCUUCCAGGCCUAUGUUUUGCGCCGAUCACUUCCCACAUAUGUGUUCAUGGUAUAGAUUGCCAAAAUCCUGUCUAUGAUGCUAGCCACAAUCACCAGAGUGAUUUACUGAAAGGAGCAAGAGCCACAUUGCUAGGUAUACAAGAAUUUGGGUACUCGCCUUGAUUGAAUGAGCUGAGAAUGCCUAUAUAAACCCCUUCA